AUGGCCAAAUCAAGAUUUGAAUAUGUCAAAGAAUUUGAAAAAGAUAAUUUCCUUCUCCAAGAAUGUUUCAUAGUGAUACGAAUUGAUGGUCGAGGAUUCCAUAAAUUUUCAGAAGAUUAUAAAUUUAUUAAACCAAAUGAUAUUAGAGCAUUAAAAUUAUCGAAUGCAGCUGCAUUGAAUGUUAAAAGAUCAAUCAGUGAUGUUUUUCUAGCGUUUGGAGAAUCAGAUGAGUAUUCAUUUGUGUUGAAACCUGAAACAACAUUGUUUAAUAGACGUGAAAGUAAAUUGGUUUCCACAUUUGCAAGUACAUUUACAGCACAUUAUAUUCAACUAUGGCCGAAGUUUUUCCCAGAUGUUGAAUUGAAAAUCAAAAAUUUACCUACAUUUGAUUGUAGGGCGGUUGUUUAUCCUAAUUUAAAAGUUCUAAAAGAUUAUGUUAGUUGGAGGUUUGUUGAUACGCAUAUUAAUAAUUUAUACAAUACAAGUUUUUGGACAUUAGUGAUAAAAGGUGGGUUAAGUACAACAGAUGCAGAGAAAAGAUUAAUGGGGACAAGCUCAGCUGAGAAGAAUGAGAUAUUGUUUAAAGAAUUUGGAAUCAAUUAUAAUAAUGAACCGGAAAUUUUUAAAAAAGGAUCAUUAAUUUUCAAAGAUGAAAUUUUACACAUUGAUGUUUAUAAACGUCUUGAUGAAUUUUUUAAAGAUUAUGAAUGA